GGUUGUCUGGUGUUUGGUGCUUUUAGGAGUGAUAGGCUUAUUUUAUUUUUAUUUUUUAAAUAAAUAUUAUAACUUUAGGUUGUGUAAUGGUUUAUGAUUCUGGUGUGUUUAUGUGAUAAGUGUUAUUCGCAUGUAGUGUUUAAUGUAUAAAUAAUAAUGAGUGGUGACAUCAGCCAUGGUCUGGAAAAUGUCCCUGUUUGCAUCGAUAUAGAUGAGAAUCAAGAAACCGUGCCCAGAUUCCAGUACACUCCAGAGAACGUUCGGGGUGCGGGCUGUGACGUUGACCCGAGUGAAGUGACCCUGCCAGGCUGCUCAUGUCGUUUGACAUCUUGUGUGCCGCCCAGCUGCCCGUGCCUGCGUUUCGGCCUGAUGUACACCGAGGAAGGUUUACUGGAGCAGCAUAAGGAGUCGGCCGCGUCUUACAGCCAGCCUGUGUUUGAAUGUAACGCCCUGUGUGUGUGUAGUGAAUCCUGCCAGUCUCGUGUGGUCCAGAACGGCCUGCAGACCCGCCUCUGUGUUAUUCGAACUGAGAACCGUGGCUGGGGGGUCGUGACCCUGGAAGCCAUGAAACGUGGCAGUUUUGUGUGCGAGUACGCCGGGGAAGUGAUCGGGUUCGAGGAGGCGCGGCGGAGACAGCUGUCCCAGACGUCUGAGGAUAAAAAUUACAUUAUUUCCGUGCAGGAGCACGGCGGCUCACAGAGGAUGGGCGUGACGUUUGUGGAUCCUGUCGCCGUGGGCAACGUGGGCCGCUUCCUCAACCACUCGUGCCAGCCUAACCUGACCAUGGUGCCCGUGCGUGUCCACUCCGUGGUGCCCAGGCUGGCUCUGUUCUCCAGCCGUGACAUAGAGCCAGGCGAGGAACUUACCUUUGAUUACUCGGGAGGACACACACAGAGAAGUGAUGCUCCUGGUGCAGGAGACCUCCAGAGGAAAGAAUGUGUGUGUGGUGCACAGAGCUGCACUGGCUUCCUCCCUUUAGACAUUUCAGUCUUGCACUGAUUAGACAGUAGAGAAGUGACUCUGACGUGUUAGUCACAGUUUGUAAUGCAUCGUUACCACCGGUUACGUCAUUACUGUUUACAUUUAAAGCUCAGAUACAUCUGCAUUAUUGUCUCACAGCACGUCUUAAUAAAACAGUCAUAAUUAA